UUUAGGUCGAGUUGAGGUUGAAUGAUUGACUAUUUUCUUGACCAGAGUGAUAUAAUGGUAACCUGAAGGAGGUUUAUGCUUCGGUGACCAUGCUACAAGAAUGUUUGAAAGUGAAUAUCUUGGUUUUAUUUGUGGGGAUUUGUGCAAGUGUGAGGAACUGUACGUAUUUAAAAUACUGGGACAAUUCCUUGAAGAAAUGUCAGCCAUGUUCUAAGUGCCAGCUACCACAAAUUACAGGGACGCCAUGCACAAAUACAUCAGAUGUGGUCUGUAUGGACCUAAAGCAUUUAAACUUUACUUUUAUAGUGGAUGAUUCUCCCAAGGUAACAUCAAGACUUCCAUUUCAAAGAGAUCUUUUGUACUUGGAGGGAGAAAAUGAUACCUGGAGGCUGCUGGCGUAUAUCCUUAUUGGUGUACUGUGUUUUCUAGUCGUGACUGUUAUUGUGAGUCUGUUGGUGUCAUGGCACUGCAUCAAGAAGCGAAAAGCCACAAUGAAUAGAAAUUAUGUGGAGGGAGAAGGGGAGUAUGUGGUCAUUUGCCGACUUCCUGAUUUAGUCAGCCACUCCCCGCCUACAGAGAUCCCUGGAUCCCCACCACAGAGUCCCCACAGACGCUCCUCACGACGUUCCCGGUUUUACCGAAACCACAGAAUCUAUCGCCCACAGAGACGUCUAAUGAAUGAGUAUGUGGACGAAGUCUUUGAAUCGGAGGAUUCCGGAGGAUCGAGAUCCAUUCGGAUACCCCUUCACACGAUUCCAGAGGAUAUUUGAGAUGUCUGCUUCAUAGGAAAUUAUUAAAAUGUUUAGUAUAUAAUUUCUGUAGACUGCGAAAGAUUUUUUUAACCAAGUAGGAAUUAAUUAAAAGUUUAUAUGUACAAUUUUAUGAGUUCCAUUGGCGUGCGUUUGCAGUAUAAAAAGAAUCUCGCCUCUGAUAUAUAUUCAAAGUCCGAUAGUAUUAGUAUUUUGCCAUACGUCUGAUCUCAGUCUUGCAUAAAUAGACAUUUUUACCUUUAUUUGUAAGGUAGGGUAUUUAGUUUUGGUGUACAUAAAAAGCAUAAUAGAGAGUUUAUUUUUUAAAAAUGGUGAUUUUUUUCAUGUAAUUUUUCACGGCAUUUUCUUUAAAACAGAAAAAUCGUUGAUUUUAUUUAAAUACGAGUAUACCAUCAGGUUAAGAUCAUUGGAUAAUUCAGCUUUUCUGUUGUUAGAGUGGAAAAAAUUUAAGUUAAACAAGAAAAUCAACUUGUGUAAACAGGAAACUAUACGUACACCUAAGUAUGCUUAGCCAAUUGGUACCUCCAACGUAACUGGAAUUUUAUAGGGCAGACAAUUAAAAUACAAUGUAUUGGAUAGGUCACAAGAUGACACAAGUAUUUUAAGAUCAUCGUUAUUUUUUCAUUGGCAAUAAAUGCAGGAAGGAACUUAAUUAAGAUUAUCAGUACAUGUACCCUUAAUUUUUCCCUCUUAGAUUAUUUUUUUAAACGUAAUUCUGUUUUUUGCGGUUAUUUUUAAACUUAUAUAUUGACGGUGUUGACUUACUCUGAUGUACGAUUUCUUUGAAAAUGAAAAGGUUCAAAUCUAGGAUCAGUCCUGCAGCUGCAUUAGUUCAGUAUCAUGUACAUUUUCUGUUAAUUAAUUAAUUACACGUAUACUAAGAUACAGUUAAUUAUCUGGGACAUAUGAAUUUUUGCUUGUCUUAUUUAGAAAAACGUGUACAGUGUACAUAAGACAAACAAUAUGAUUUUGAAACAUGUAUGUUUAUUUGUUUUGACUAUAUGCAAGGCGUACAAUUUUACAAGAUAUUUCAAGGAUAUUGAAUAUUUGCCCGGUUCUGUUAAAGCAAAAGAAACAAUCUCAUAUGUACAUAUAAAUAGCUUUUUACUCAUUAAAGACAUCAACGUUUCGAUCCUUAUUUGUGUAUAAAAGCAAAAAUUUCUACUUAAGUUAUUCAUGGAAAGACCUGUCAUUUACAUGAUUAUAAGUAAAUUUGUGGGGUUUUUUUUUAAUACUUUAAAUUUUGAAGAAUCACAUGUAAAUAAGGCAAAUU